UCGUCACACGCACACGUAAAAACAAUAGCAGAAGUUUAGCUCGGGUUUGUUGAUUUCGUAUUUCGACGAAGAUUUUGUUGACGAAUACUGCCUAGAAGGGGGUAUAAUUCUCGGCGAUUGCUAGAAAUAGAGCAAGAGGGAAUCUCAAAGUCUCUUCUCAAGGCAUUCCAAUGAGUUUGGACACUUUAGCAGCUGCAGCAAGUUUUGUGGAAAGCGAGGACAGCAAGAAUAAGCAAAAUACACGUGCAAAUGCAUCGAAGAGUCCUGUGACUUCUGCUACAUCCGAUUCGGACUCGGAGAAGGGCAAACGGCGUCCGGGCGGAGCAGGGACGCGUGAAAUUCACAACAGACUUGAAAAAAAUCGGAGAGCACAUUUGAAAAUAUGCUACGAAACGUUGAGGAAAGAAAUUCCUACACUGGAAGACAAAAGAACCUCGAAUUUGAAUAUCCUUAAAAGCGCUUUACGCUACAUACAGAAUUUGGAGAAAAAAACAAAAGAAGCAUUGCGGGAAAAAGAAUACCUUAGAAAACACAAUUUAAGUCUGCGAGAAAGACUCCAGGUUUUGAGGAAUGAAAUAAAGAUUCUUUUGGAAACAGGUACUAAGAAUGGAGUGAAAACUGAAGGACCAGCAUCGGGUAUCGAGCUACCAGCCCCAAUGGAUACAGAAGGCGAUUCCAAUCCAGCCAACAUAGAAGCUGCAGUUUCAGUGGCAACCCAAACAAUGCCCCUUGUAAAAAAACCUAAAAUCGAGAUAGCACAAGCCUCUGAAGACGAGGAGAUAAAUGUCGACGAGGUUACAGAAUCGUAAGAUUGAUGUCUAUGAAUAUGCUCAGCUUAUUGUGGCAUUUUAAUACUUUUUGAAUUAUAUAUGGUUGACAAGUGAUAACCAUGGAAUUCUAGUUAGUGAAAACUAAUGCUAUAUUUUAUAUUAGUCCACUGUCGGUUCUAUGACAUUAAAUUAUUAACCUGAGCAAAAAUACGGUGACAUUAGGGCAUAUGAACAUACCAUUUUUAGUAAUGUGGGAACUAGACACAAUAUACAUAUAAAUUGUAACUAUAAUCACACUUUGCAAUAACUUUCUUCCUAUUAACAAUUUAACUGGAAUUUUUUCUAGAUAAUAGUGUAAUAAUUCUGUAUAAAAUACAGUAGUGUCACAUCCAGUUAAUGUAUUAUAUCAUAGUCUUAAUGGAUCUUAGAUUUCCACUGUUUA